AUGGUCCGGCAGUCAACGCAGGCACCGUCGGCCGAGGCAGCCGGGGGUGACGGAGACGACGGGCCUCAUCGCCGGGAGAGUCGGCCUCUAGACGAGAGCGACGCCGCCCAAACACCCAGUAGCCACCAAAACGAGGACACCGGGUCGGCCACGGCGGCUAAGAAGAGGAAACUCGGCGCCGCCAGCAGCCGUGGCGUCGCCAACCUCACCCCGGAGCAGCUGGCCAAGAAGCGCGCCAACGACCGAGAAGCGCAGAGAGCCAUUCGCGAGCGCACAAAGAACCAGAUCCAGACGCUGGAGCGCCGCAUCGCGGAGCUCACCGGACUAGAGCCGUACCAGGAGCUGCAGGCCGCGCUCGAGGCCAAGGCGGCCGUCGAGCGGGAGAAUGCCGAGAUGCGCCAGCGGCUCGCCGCCGUGGUUGGCAUGCUGCAGCCCCUCAUCAGCGCGGAACACCAGCAGCAGCUUCAAAGUACCGGCACCCGAGGGAUGGCAGAACCGGACAGCAACCACAACAGACGCACGCACUCGCCGCCGCCGCCCGGCCAGCCGACAACGACAACCGUACCAACAACGACCAACGGACACGUCACGCAGCGGCUCAACGACCUCGAUCAGCAGCGGGAGCAGCUCCGGCACGGUCUCGACAUGGGUCCGGAGCGGCUCGGUCUCGGCUUUCUCCUCGACGCCAGCCACCACGUCGCGCGCAUCCAGGCCGCCGCCGCCGCCGACACGCUGCCAGCCACCUACCGCUACCCAAACGUAUACACCCAGCAGCAACACCACCAACAACAACAGCAGCAGCAGCAAGCGCCGUCCGUCGCCGGCAGCGGCAGCGCCUCGCCCGGGCCGUCCACCGUGUCCUCGUCCGCGCCCCAGUGGCAGCCCAAUACCACCUACACCAGCGCCUUCUUCUCCGGCUACCCGGCCUACGCCGACAACACCACGUCCGCGGCCGGCGACGACGGCGACGACGAGGACGCGGCCAGCAACGCCGACGAGGCCAUGGACACGGGCAGCGGGCCGCCGACGAUCCUGCGGUACGCCUGCCCCGUGCGCACCACGCCGCCGACGUGCCCGCUCGACGCCCUCCUCCUCGACUUCCUGCACGAGCGCCGGCAGCGGGCCGCCGAGGGCCUGCCGACGCACGAGGUCCUCGGGCCGCGGUACCCGUCGGUGUCGUCGCUGCUCAACCCGGCGCACAGCGCGUGCGCGCACCCGCUCUCGCGCGUCUUCACCGACAUCCUCGCCAAGUUCCCCGCCAUCUCGGGCCUGCCCGAGCGCGUCGCCGUCCUCUACCUCAUGUUCCUCCUCAUGCGCUGGCAGGUCAGCCCCACGCGCGGCAACUACGAGCGGCUGCCGCGCUGGGCGCGCCCGCUGCGCGCCCAGCUCCGCGCUCCGCCGCACCCGGCCUGGAUCGACCACCUGCCGUUCCCCCGCAUGCGCGCCGUGCUCGUGCGCGACCACGCCUCGGGCCUCUACCCGUUUGACGACUUCUCCGUCGCGUACACGACCACGCUGACGCUCUCCUGGCCGUAUCACGAUACCGACACCCUGCUCCAGAGCCCCCACUCCGAGGAGCUCAUGAUCAAUCCCGUCUUUGAGCGCCAUCUGAGGAACUUGGACAAUUGGAAGCUCGGCGCUGCCUUUGCAAAGGCCUUUCCCGGCCUGGCGGACACAGGCAACGUGCCAGAAGCUGAGCUGGCAAAGGUGCGGGCGGCGGCCACGUCAUCAGUGGCGGACGGGGGCGUAGGCGGUGUCGCCGGGGGGGUGUAA